GAGGACCACCCGCUCGGCAACCACAUCAAGAUGGUCCGUUACGCUGCUCAGGACAUUCCGGCCGCUAAGAGCGCCCGCGCCCGGGGCUCUUACCUGCGUGUCAGCUUCAAGAACACCCGUGAGACCGCCCAGGCCAUCAACGGCAUGAAGCUCCAGCGCGCCCUUACUUUCCUCACCAACGUCACCGAGAAGGCUGAGGCCGUCCCCAUGCGUCGGUACGCUGGCAGCACCGGUCGCUGCGCUCAGGGCAAGCAGUGGGGUGUCAGCAAGGCUCGCUGGCCCGUCAAGUCCGCCGAGUUCCUCAUCGACCUCCUGAAGAACGCUGAGGCCAACGCCGACACCAAGGGUCUCGACACCGGCAACCUCGUUGUCAAGCACAUCCAGGUCAACCAGGCUCCCAAGGGCCGCAGACGCACCUACCGUGCCCACGGUCGUAUCAACCCCUACAUGACCAACCCCUGCCACAUCGAGCUCAUCCUCACCGAGGCCGAGGAGGUCGUCCAGAAGGGUCCCGCCACCAAGGAGGUUCGCCUCAGCUCCCGCCAGCGUGGUGCUCAGAUCCGCCGUGCCCUCAUUGAGGCAUAAGCGGUCUGUGGGUGUCGGGGGAAGUGAAGUGGUCAGAAACUGAAUGGGAAUGCCGGAGUUUGCUGUUGUACGGAUCCAAUACCUGGUCACGGAAGGAAUACAAAAGAAAUUAUUACUUUUUUGACAAAUGGAAAAAAUUCGAAACCACCCGGCGAGACGGAUGACGAUGGUCCUACAAUGCUAUAUCCCGAGGCGUAUCUCGACCAUGCUCUCGUUUCCCCCGGAGACAUGGUCCGUCUAGACCGAUCCCUUUUGG